CUCAUCCACGGUCCCGCACCUCCCUCCUUCUUCAUCAACGAUGGCGAGACAGUCAGACUACGACUACGAUGACCGAUAUGGUGGAAGCUCAUCUUCUAGACACAGUCGGGUAGCUACGGCCAUCGUGAUAGAGAGUAUACUGGAAGUGACCGGCGGGUAGGAUCAGAUAGGGACUACCGCCAUGACAGGUAUAGAGACGACAGAAGGGACAGUCGGCGCAGCAGAGAACGAGACUACGAACCACGAAGCCGGGUCGAGGACUCAAGCAGGAAGAGGCCUUUGGAUGACCGAGCGCCGCCGCCGUCAUCAUCAUCAUCCAUGAAGGCUCUCGACUCUCAAGGCUCUCUCAAUGGCAAUCAUCCAUCUACAGGUCUGCCACCUCGGCCUGCUGCAUUGCCGACACGACCGGCAUUCCUGCCUGCCCCUCCUCCGCCGGAGUCAGGAGCUGAAAGCCCAUUGUCAACCGACUCACCCGCUUUGGGCAGUCCUGCGACCAUCGCAGGGCUCACUUCGGAGGACCCGAAAGCUCGAGCCCGCAAAGAGCGUCUCGAAGCAUGGAAGCGCGAGAGGGAAGCUCAGAAGGCCUUCGAGGAGGCUAAAUUGAGAGCGCAGAGCGUCGCUGCUGCCCAUGGUAGCAUUGCACCUACCGCCCUGCCAUCCAAGACUUCCGACGCCCCCACUUCCAUCAGCGUGUCGGGCCUCAAAGGCUUCGCAGCAGCUCGCUCUGAUCCUCUCAAAGGCAAGACAAGCAAGAGCGCAGCUAUGGACGACUCCGAUCAGCCGGCAAAGAAGCAGCUCAAGAAGCUCAACCUGCCGCCAAUGGACCCACUUCUCAAGCCAGGCGCAGGAGGGAAGGUCGGCUCUGGCUCUGAUCUGGAGGAUGGAGACGAUGACGAUGGUGACGACGAUGGCGAAGCGGGCCCUGAUGCUAUGCAAAUCGACAAGCGCGAGGCUGUGGCUGAUGAUGACGAUGAGGAAGAUCCGCUGGACGCUUUCAUGAGCACUGUCAGUAAUGAAGUCAAAACAGUAGAUGCUGCUGAUCGCAAACGCUUUGGAACGAAGACGUCGAAGAUUGUUGCCCCUGUCAUGGGCGAUGACGAUGGCGCGGUGGUAGAGGAUCCAUCUACAGCAGAGCCAGACGAACUUGAUCAGGCUGGUGCGGAGGACAUCAUGGCCCUGGCUGCCAAGAAGAUCAAGAAGAAGGAUAUACCCACGGUCGAUCAUUCCAAAAUGGACUAUGAGCCGUUCCAGAAGGAGUUCUACCACCCACCAACAGAGAUCAAGGAGCUUUCGGAAGAAGAUGCCGACCGCCUUCGAAUGGAGCUUGACGCGAUCAAGGUGAGGGGCAAGGACUGCCCCAAGCCUCUGACCAAGUGGAGCUACUGUGGCUUGCCUGCAAGUUGUCUGGAUGUGAUCAAGAAGCUGGAGUACGCCUCUCCGACGCCUAUUCAGGCUCAAGCUAUCCCUGCCAUUAUGUCAGGACGAGACAUGAUCGGUGUCGCCAAGACGGGUUCCGGUAAGACGAUGGCGUUUCUUCUGCCGAUGUUCAGGCAUAUCAAGGAUCAGCGACCAGUCGAGCGAAACGAAGGCCCAAUCGGUCUUAUCAUGACUCCGACGAGAGAGCUGGCGGUGCAAAUCUACAGGGAGAGCAGGCCGUUCCUCAAGGCCACCGGCCUCAGAGCAGUCUGUGUCUACGGAGGCGCUCCAAUCUCUGAACAGAUUGCAGAGAUGAAGAAGACUGCCGACAUUGUCGUGGCAACGCCUGGAAGGAUGAUCGAUCUGCUCACAGCCAAUUCUGGUAGAGUGACGAAUCUCAGGAGAGUCACCUACCUAGUCUUGGACGAAGCCGAUCGCAUGUUCGACAUGGGUUUCGAGCCUCAGGUCAUGAAGAUCAUCAACAACAUCCGCCCGGACCGGCAGACGGUGCUCUUUUCGGCAACGUUCCCAAAGCAGAUGGAAAGUUUGGCGCGUAAAGUCCUUCGCAACAAGCCGCUCGAGAUCACUGUCGGCGGCCGUAGUGUUGUAGCACCAGAGAUUGAGCAGAUCAUCGAGGUCAGAGAAGAAGAGACGAAGUUCAACAGGCUCCUCGAGAUCCUCGGUCAAACUUUCAAUCUGGAUCGGGAAACGAGAGCUCUUAUCUUCGUUGAUCGCCAAAAGGCAGCUGACGAGUUGUUCAAGCAACUGCUUAGCAAAGGCUACACGACGAUGUCACUGCAUGGAGGCCAGGAUCAGGUCGAUCGAGAUGCGACAAUCUCCGACUUCAAGGCCGGUGAGGUAGACGUCGUCAUUGCGACCUCGAUUGCUGCCCGUGGCCUCGAUAUCAAGCAGCUCAAGCUUGUCAUCAAUUACGAUGCGCCGAACCACAUGGAAGAUUAUGUGCACCGGGCGGGUCGUACCGGUCGUGCCGGCAACAAGGGCACGUGUGUCACUUUCAUCACUCCUGAGCAAGACAGGUAUGCUCGAGACAUCAUCGCUGCGUUGAAGGCGAGCAAAGUCGCAGUUCCCUCUGAGCUUCAGGCCCUGGCUGAUGCCUUCCAGGAGAAAGUCACCAGUGGCAAAGCACACGUCGCCAGCUCUGGCUUCGGUGGCAAAGGUCUGGAGCGUUUGGAGAGCGAUCGUGAGAAGAACCUCAAAGCUCAGCGGUCAGCUUACGGCGAAGGUGAGGAAGGCGGCGGAGACGCUGGCAAGGAUGCGGCUGCAUCUGGUGUGCCCAAGGAGCUGGACGACAUCAAGGUGCAACGCGGUCCACCACCUGCCGAGGACGACAUGAGCGGCGUCCGUGAUCUGCACAUCGAGGUCAAGAAGGGAGCCGCUCCCGAAUCUGUCCGAGCAAACAAAGUCAAGGCCGAGGGCGAGUCUGAGAAGCCGGCCGCAGACUCUGGAGGGAGCACAGAGAACGCCAACAACAAGGUCAUCGAUGCCGCCAAGGCUUCUGGCGCUAAUGCUGCUCAGCUGGCUCAGGCUUUGGCGAAGAUCAACGCCGCCCAUCAAGCCCGGCUCAACCAGCGUCAGCAGGAAGCUGCCGAGAAGGGUCGCAAGCCAAAGGAUCCUGACGCAACGGACUACCACGCCAUUGUACCCAUCAAUGACUUUCCACAAAAGGCCAGGUGGAGGUGCACGAACAAAGAGACAAUGUCCACUCUCAUUGCCGAGACGGGUGCCUCGAUCACCAAUAGGGGCAUCUUCUACGAGAAAGGCAAGGAGCCUCAGCCCGGCGAACCGCCGAAACUGCAGCUGCUCAUCGAGUCCAACGAUGAGGGGAAGGUGGAACAUGCGGUCAGGAGUAUCAAGCAGAUCUUGCUCGAGGCAACACAGGCUGCUCUCGAGGCGGAGCAGAGGAACCCUCCUCCAGGUGUGGGGAGAUACAAUGUCGUCUGAUACUCCGCACGUGAAUUUGACCAGCUUGUGUAAAUCGGACUGCAACGGUAUACUUCAUUCAUGUGCAAAAAGGCGAUACGUGAAAGUGACGAGACAAGGUUCGAAAAGAAGAGCACAGAGGAGCGAGUGAGAAGAAGACGAUAUCUACAAGAGUGAUGCUCUUCAAGUGAAAGAGGAAGAGUGAAUGUCCAGAGGUAGGUGAUGGAAUGAAGUCGCGAAAGAUGCAUCUUGUUUGCCU